GUAAAUUUGUCAUAUAUUACGUCUACAAUUAAGAGAAUAAUUAUUUACUAUCUAAUAUUCUCCGUACAUUCAAAAGGGACGACUAGUUACUACCUCUUAUACGCACCCUUCUCAUAUACCAUUGAAGAAUCAGUACUGCGUUUUGACGACUUAAAAAUAAUUCUUAGCAGAGCUUUUUUUAGAAGUUUUGUUAUAAUUAGUCGAAUGUUUUGAAUAGAAAAAAGAUAAAAAAAUCAUUUUACGCUGUUUUGUUGCUGUUUAUCCCUCUUUUUUUUUAUUCGGUUAAUUGUUCGUUUCAAUGAGUUUCUCUCCUGCUGAAGAUUUGCAUUCCACUCCUAAAGAGGUCAAUUCUGAAGAUAAGGAUAAUGUAGAGGCAGCAAGUACAUCUAGCGUUUCUUCAAGUGCCAGUCUUCUAGUUGACAUUAUGUGUGGCAGCAAGGACGCAGAAGACUCUGAAGCUGAAUCUGAUGAGUGGGACCGACCGGACAUGGAUGAUCACGAAGUAAUCAAGCAACGCGAAGAGAUCAUCAAAUCCCUUCGUAUUCUGGGAUAUCCCAAGUUUUUACAAAAAUAUUAUGUUGAGCAACAGAUACCUGUGCGUUUAAUUUUAAAGAAACUGGGUAUAUCGCUGCCUACUGCAUUGGACGAAUUUGAGGAUUUAGACCUCCUGCCAUUACUAAAGGAAGUUCUAAAACGAGAAUCGUCACGCCGUUUAAAGCUACCCCAGUACAAUACUUUUGACGACGUAGUGAAACAACUGCACAACGCAAAAAAUAUUGUCGUUCUUGUAGGAGCAGGUAUCAGCACAAGCUUAGGAAUUUUGGAUUUCCGUUCAGAUAAUGGCUUCUAUGCUAGGCUUGCCCAGCAUGGCUUAUCCGAGCCAUCAGAAAUGUUUGAUAUCCGUACGUUCAGAGAAGAACCAGGAAUCUUCUAUACCUUCGCCAAAGAAUUAUUACCCGAAACUCAUCAUUAUUCACCAUCGCACGCUUUUAUUCGGUUACUAGAACAAAAAAACAAACUUGCUACUUUAUUCACACAAAAUAUUGACAAUUUGGAAAGAGAAACUGGGCUUUCCGAAGAGAAGAUUGUUCAAUGUCAUGGGUCUUUUGCGACUGCUACCUGUAUUCAAUGCAAACGUAAAAUAGAGGGUUCUCUAUUAUAUGAUGACAUCCGAAAUCAAAGAAUUUCUUAUUGUACCGAGUGCAAUCAGCCACCUACCAAAAAAAGAAAAUUAGCAAGCUCAAGCGAUCGUAUGUCCUCUGAUGCCUAUUAUCGCGAAAACGGAACGGAGGAAGAAGAAGAUGAUGUUCCUCAAGCCGGAGUGAUGAAACCUGACAUUACCUUUUUCGGCGAAGCGUUACCUGAUCAAUUUUUUGAGAAGGUGGGAAAUGGUGAUUUGGAAAAAACGGACCUGUUAAUCUGUAUCGGCACUUCCUUGAAGGUUGCACCAGUCUCUGAGUUAAUCAGUGUAGUUCCUCCAUCAACUCCCCAAAUAUACAUAUCAAGGACACCGGUCCGUCAUACUCAGUUUGAUGUAAACUUCAUAAGUCCAUUUUGUGAUUGGGUAAUUGUAGAACUAUGCAAACGUGCUGGAUGGUUGAAAGAUUUAGAAGAACUUUGCAAUGAACCUGGAUGUCACAUUGGGGCUAAGAAUAGAGCAUGGAAUACAGUUCUGGACGUACAAUUUGAGGAACCCUCAACUUAUUACAUUAAAAGUAAAGCAGAAGCGGAAGCUUUAAGUAACGAAAACGCACCAGAGGAAAUAAAGAGCAUUCACAAAGACAGCAUAGAAUCUGAUACGAAUCAAACUGUUUAGAAAACAAAUAUGUCAUUCAGUGUUGUUAAUAAAUGAGGUUUUUACUACGCCAAGCUUCGAAUCAUA